CUUCGAACUAAUAAAUGAGAAAAUGCACCUCUAACAUACUAUGUAGUAAACUCAGUCAGUCCAAGCAAUUAUCGAGAAUCGAAAUUGGAGAUCGCCAUUUUUCUAUUCACCUUGUCGCCCGGUUCUUUGUCACCUUUGUCACUUUUAUCACCAGUGCAGGUGAUGAGCUAGGAAAACUUCUAUUAUCAAACCUGAUAAUGUCGAGAUAGCCUACCUGUACCUGCUGUGUUAUCUCGCGUCUGGUACUAGAUUCCAAUCGAUGGAUUCCGAAGAUAACAUCGAAUUCUCCGAAGGGGGUUUCAAGGAAUUUCCCAGGAGGCUGCCCGAAAACUGCGUGGAAUAUCUAUUAUUCGUCAUUGACAGCAAACUCGAGGCGCGCAGCCUUCUCUCGGAGCUUGAAAAUAUUCGAAAAGCAGCCAUGCAGCUCUGCGACAGCAUUGCAAAGGAUUACAUAUGGCAACGAGAUUCUUUCCAACUGCGCAUUGAAAGAGAUCAAGAUCUGGUCUAUCUGCACGGGACCACAGAUUACGGAGACUCGAUCGAGGACGAAUGGCUCAUAGUCUAUCUACUUCGAGAAUUGACCAAAUCUUUCCCCACUCUUUGGGCCAGGGUAUUCGACGACGAUGGCGAGUUUCUGCUUGUUGAGGCGGCUAACGUCCUGCCAAAGUGGCUCAGCCCCGAGAUAGAUGCCAACCGAUCAUGGAUCCACGGCGGAAACCUUUAUCUAUUACCUUUGGACGCAAGUUUUGGGGCAAAGCGACCGUUGUCCUUGAUCGAAGCUGUUCGAUAUAUCAAGUCGAACCCCAAUUCUCUCGUGCAUUCUGCAUUCGUUGAAGCCGAGGCUUUUUAUAGGCUAGAGAAGUAUCCCGGACAGAUCACAGAUUCCAUACACCGCUCGCUAGUUACAAUACCUAGGAAGCUUGCCUAUAUAUUGCACGAAAAGCCUUCUACCAUCGCCCCCGCUGUCGAAGCGUUUUACCUUCGGGAUCCAAUUUCAACCAAACCUCUUAUAUCACCUUCUGCCGACAUACACUUCCCUCCCGAGGAUCUUGUGACUGUUAGCGUAAAAUUCACAAAAACACUUUUCGCACAGCUCAAGUCUCAGCGCUUCUCGCCUCCUCCAAUAUGGAACGCCGUCUUCGAGGCCGCAGAAAAAGAGGUCUCUAGCGCAGAUGAUGCUCAAAAGAGGCUAGCGCGUCUAGAAAUGGGUAUGAAAGUAACAAGUGGAUUUGAGAUGCUUGCCACCAACGCAGCCGGCAAAGAUAAUCGUCUCGCGCGCGAGUUUGCUAUGCUUCUCGAGGACAUUGAAGAAGACGGAGUUCAGGCACUCCCCACUAACGAAGACAUUGGAACCUGGGAAGAUGUAUACAAAGAGGACGAUGAAUCGUGGUUAGACAUCAACUUCGAAGACUUCGAAAACGAAUUGCAAGGAAACCGCGGCUUCCAAAACCGGAAACAUGGCGAAUUUGGUGACCUCUCGGCGCAGGCAGAUCUGAAAAAGAUUGUAUCUCGCUUUGAAGCUUUCUUGAACGACGAAAGUGCCGGUAUAGAGGGUGCCGAAUUGGAAGAUAUGGAUGAAGAUGAUGAUAUACCGGAUGAGGAAGGUAGCGAUGAUGAUGAUGAGGAGGAUAAAGAAGUUAGUUUCGACGAAGAGCAAUUCUCGAGGAUGAUGAGAGAGAUGAUGGGACUGCCUUCCGUAGUACCUACGGGUUCAAAGAAAACAUCUGACGUUUCAAUGUCCACCAUUACAAACGAUCCUGCUGUUGAGGAGGACGAUGACGAUGCCAUUAAGCAAUUGGCUGCCCAGAUGGAAGCCGAGUUGAGAGAACAUGGUGCAUUGAAGCUUGACCCCCAGCCCGAAAAAGCGAGGGCUAUCGAAGCCAAGGACAGAGUUAGUUUUAAGGGGAAAGCAAAAGCUGACGCGGAACAAAAUACCGGCAGCGGAGAAGAAAGCAGUGAGGACGAAGUUGAUGUGGAUUAUAACCUCGCUAAGAAUUUAUUGGAAAGCUUUAAGAGUCAAGCGGGAAUGGCAGGCCCUGCAGGAAACAUUCUCGCUAUGAUGGGCUUACAGCUUCCUCGAGACGAGGAGGAAGAGGAGGAAGAUGAUUGAUUUGGGUAGUUUUUUUAUCUACUCUUUUUACGAUUUGUAUAAGCCGUCAAUCGGUAUGUACAUGGUUGACAAUAUUUAGUAUUUAGCGAACCGACAUGAAGAUUAGGUAGAAAAGGGAUGAGUGUGAUAUGAUAAAAGUUGGUUU